GAGUAAGUUUGGGUAUCUCCCACCCCCUGACCCAGUGACUGGACAGCUCCAGACCAAGGAGGCCUUGACCAAAGCCAUCAAAGCUAUGCAGAAGUUUGGAGGACUGGAGGAGACCGGAGUGCUAGACCAAGCCACCCUGGGCCUGAUGAAGACCCCGAGGUGUUCCCUCCCGGACCUGUCUGAGACCGAGGCGGUGGUGGGCCGCAGGAGACGAGCCCUGACGCCCCAGAACAAGUGGAGCAAGAGACACCUCUCCUGGAGGAUUCGUACCUUUCCUAAGGAGUCUCCUCUGUUGGGUCGAGAUACGGUACGAGCUCUCAUGUACUACGCCCUCAAGGUCUGGAGUGACAUCUCCCCCCUCAACUUCCAUGAAGUUGCUGGCAACGACGCAGACAUCCAGAUCGACUUCACCAAGGCCGACCACAACGACGGGUACCCUUUUGAUGGGCCGGGAGGCACCGUGGCACACGCCUUCUUCCCCGGAGAGAGGUUCACGGCCGGGGACACCCACUUUGAUGAUGAUGAGGCCUGGACCUUCAGAUCACCAGACUCUCACGGGAUGGAUCUGUUUGCGGUAGCAGUGCAUGAGUUUGGUCAUGCUAUUGGCCUGGCCCACACCUCAGCAAUAGAGUCCAUCAUGAGGCCGUACUACCAGGGUCCUGUGGGGGACCCACUCAAGUACGACCUCCCUUAUGAGGACAAGGUCCGCGUCUGGCAGCUCUACGGGGUGAGAGAUUCAGUGUCUCAUACGGCGCGUCCUGAUGAUCCCUCCCAGACCGCUGACCCACCUGUACUACUGGACCUCCCUGAGAACAGAUCUACUGUCCCGCCGGCACGAGAUGCCCCUAACAGGUGCACAAGUCACUUCGAUGCAGUGGCCCAGAUUCGUGGAGAGGCCUUCUUUUUCAAAGGGAAGUAUUUCUGGCGUCUGACGCGGGAGAAGCACCUGGUGUCUCUGCGUCCGGCUCAGACCCACAGGUUCUGGAGAGGCCUGCCUACCAACCUGGACAGUGUGGACGCUGUCUACGAGAGACCUGGGGACCACAAGAUCGUCUUCUUCAAAGGACUAAAGUAUUGGAUAUUCAAGGACAACAACGUGGAGGAGGGUUAUCCUCGGCCAAUCAGUGACUUCGGCUUGCCUAUGGAGGGUGUAGACGCGGCCUUUGUGUGGCUCCACAAUGACAAGACCUACUUCUUCAAGGACAACCGCUACUGGCGCUAUGACGACCAUCUACGGCGUAUGGAUCAGGGCUACCCAAAAGACAGCACACUGUGGAAGGGGAUCCCGUCCCCACUAGACGACGCCAUGCGAUGGUCUGACAGCUCCUCAUACUUCUUCAAGGGGAAGGAGUACUGGCGUGUGGUGGGCAGCGAUAUGGAGGUGGAGGCUGGGUACCCACGGUCCAUAGGAAAGGACUGGCUGGUGUGUACAGAGAUGCAGUCGGACUCCCCAGCCACAGAGGCCAAUAACACGGCUAACACGCGGCUACACGGGCAGCACCACGCCGACCACGCCGAAAACGGCUACGAGGUGUGCUCCUGCACCUCCAACUCUGCCUCGCCCUUGGGAGCCCAGCCCUCCCCCUCCCCCCUCUGGCUACUUGCCCUCUUGACUGUCUCUGGAGCACUAUCCUACCUCCCUCUAUGAUGUAAGCAGAGGGGAGCGGCCUCACUCUGUGACAGGAAGUACAGCAGCCAAUCUGCUGAGAGCGGGGGAUUGGCUUAAGGGGCUUUUUGCCUGGGUUCUGCCAGACCAGCUACACCAUCGAAUCAAAACAAUGACUGGAGGAAUUAGUUGUUAUUGUUAUCUUAAUUGGGAUCCUCAUUGUUAAUUUGUUUUAUUUAUUAUACCAAAUCUUUCUCAAUGGAUCAAUAUGCUUUCAAAUGAAUGAUGUUUAAAUUAUGAUACUGGAUUGAAUUAGAAAUGUGAUAACAUGACGAUAAUGGAAAUAGUAUAUCAACUUGAUGAUGAUAAUGACAACAAGUUUAUAGCAAAAUGUCCCUCCGUGACUAAGCAGUCUAGAAGGAGAGUGGUCCUCUGGGAUGCUGUGCUCCCUGUCCCCUUGUUCCUGCAAUCACUAUAAGAGCUUUAAAGUAACUCUCCAGUGUUUUGGGGUUUCUGUGAAAUAUGACCUAUUAUUAAUUACAAUAUUAGUGAAAGUUUUCCUUCCCCCCAAAAAUGUAUUAUGUUAAAAAGCAGCUUUUCUUUGUUGGAAUGUUGUGGGGCGUGCCCCAACAACAGAAUGGUGUUGGCGUAUACCGGUCAUUAAAAAUAUUCACACGACUAGACCACUGAAUGGCUAGCUCAUCCUCCUCAGGAAGAUGACCAUCCUCUCUGAGGAAAUAACCAAGCAUUUUUUUAACUGUUUGAGGUUGGGUUUUUCAAGUGUUUUGUCUCCAAUUUAUGCUUUGGCCACAAAUACUAGUAUAGGAAUAGUCAACAGCAUUAUUUGCGUAUGAGUUCGCAGAAUUUUAACUUUUAAAUGAUUUUUUUUACUGGAAAGUUACUUUAAGAACCCUCACACACACACACACACACACACACACACACACACACACACAGACCACUCCAUGUGCGUUUUUUACAGUCUGAGCUAGCUGGACAAAUGUAUCUGUCUCCUCUCACUCAUUCAACUGGUAAUGUGUGGGCUGGUCGGAUGAACACUCCACUAUAAUUGGACAGCUUGUUCUCUCACUGAGUUUCUAAUGUCAGGGCUAUCUGGAUGGAAUGGACACUACUUCCUGUAAUGACACUGACUCUCUCUCCUUGACUAGACUCGCGUGCCCUUUUGAGACCUUUGCCCCUGUAUCUUUCUUUUUGUUCUCAGCUGAGAUACAGUCGCACCUCCUGCCGUUAUCAGAGAGGGUAACCCGUUAGCAUUGAUUAUUAGGAUGUAUUUUUGUAAUAAGCACAGAGGGAUUGUGGUCGAGCCCUACUCGGGGAUGUGCUUGAUGGGGUUUUCAUGAUGCCUUGGUCUGGUCAGGCCAGUGGCCACUGCAGCUGUCAGCGAUACCCAGCGGUCACCCAGCUGCGCCAUUCUCCUUCUCCAUUGUCUCUCCUAACAUGAACUAUCUCUAAGGAUAGUCACCCUCUCAAAACACAACUAGAUUUAUUAAUAUUGCUAAGAUAUAUUUACUUACAGUCUAUAUAUACAGAUCUAUUUGAGGUGAAAAGUUCUAUGGCAGUUACAACAACAAAAAACAUGUACAUUUCUCAGCCGUCUUUUCUAAGGUGAAAUAUUUUUGUAGAAAAAUAAAGAGGGGGUAAGACGGAG